CUUCUUCUCAACCAAAUCAACACACACACACGAAACACAAAUUCAGAAUUGCAUUCCCAAGCUAUGAUCAACAAAAAUGAAAGCAAUCCAUUUCCUCUCCCACUUGAAAAUUCCAAUUUGAAUAAUAAUAACCAAAGAGUCUUCACCAUGCUACCCUUCUUUGGUGUCAUUAACAUGACAAUCACGAGUGGCACUACAAUCUACCGCGCAUACAACAAUGGUGAUAUUCAAAUGAUAGCAUUCGUCACUUUCGUCUUCUUUGGCACCUUCCUCUUUAACUAUUUGAUUCGGUUGUACAACAUGCUGCCUCCACAUGAUCGAUCUUAUGAUAAGCUCAAGUUGAAAAUUGGGAUUUGGGUGUUGGUCAGUUCCAUCAUGUUUGGAUUUGCAUGCGAGUUCUCAACGUUUUUGAGCUUCUUUGAGUCCCUAGCCUUCUUUGGGCUUGUGAUUAGUGGCAACACUUUCCUCUUCUAUGUGUAUUUCAUUUGGGAGGUUGACAAGAGUGGAAGAGCAUGUUCUAUUGCAAGUGGAGGAAAAAGCGAAAAGGCUCUUGAUAGUUGGUGCAAGGGUGGAAAUGGAGAUGAGAAUGAAUAUACACCUUUAUUAGAGGGUGUGGACAGUGUGUAAAAUAUAUGUGGAAAAUGAUAAACAAAAAAUAAAGUGACGGAUAAAUAAUUUUUAA